AUGAUCAAGGUCAAGAAUCCAUCAACAGGCGAGAUCGAGACGCACACGGCCAGACAAGACUUUUCGCUCAGUGUUCCUCCUAUGGUGUCGAUAACGUUCAAUCGAAGAAAAGCGUACGUAAAAGAUGCUUGCAGCUGCGUAAUCACGAUCGAAAAUCCUCUGGAUUAUCCUCUUCAAAACGCUUCUUUGACAGUCGAAGCUAAUGGUCUCUUUACUGAUAGAAAUUUCACAGAACAAACUCUUGAACCAAAGACGACCUACCAGAUGAACUUCGAUUUCAUCCCCGAAAAAUCCGGGAAAUACACGGUUCUCAUCGAUAUCGACAGCAGAGAAAUCCAAGAUAUCAAAACCGAUGCCACCUUCGAAGUCCUAGAAUAA